UGAUGAUUUCCGGUUCCGGGUUCUUCUUCCUCAGCAGCGGAGCAGCAGAGGAGAAAGAUGGCGGCGGCGCAGUCGGACCCUCCGUCGUCUUUAUGUUCGGACUUCUUGAAUUUCUCCGCCAGAGACGCCGCGUCGCGGUGGCUGGCAGCGGCCGACCUGCAGCAGGAGGUGUAUCGUCACCUGGCCGUGUAUGUACCCAGAAUCCUUUGCCUGGGUCCGAGCAGUGGCGUAAGCAGCAGAGAGGAGCAGAGGGAGGAGCUGGCCUGUCAGCUGCUCCUCCUGGCUCCUCUGGAGUGGCUCCUGCUGGGGGAGGAGCCGGCCUCCGGUCUGGCCCUCCUCCAGGAGAAGAACCAGCCGUCACCACUGUGUGGACACGUGUUCAAGGUGGGAGAGCCCACCUACUCCUGCAGGGAGUGUGCAGCUGAUCCGACCUGUGUUCUGUGCAUGCAGUGUUUCCUCGGCAGUGUUCACAAAGAGCAUCGAUACAGAAUGACCACGUCUAUAGGUGGAGGUUUCUGUGACUGUGGAGACGCUGAAGCCUGGAAGAACGGACCGUACUGUGAGAAACACACACCUACAACCAUGAACACAGAGGAGGAUCCUGUCGCUCAGCUUCCAGCUGACAUGGUUGCCCGUGGUUACAGAAUCUUCUCCAUCAUCCUGAAGUACGCUGUGGACAUGCUGACCUGGGACCAGGAGGACCAGCUACCUGCAGGACUGGAGCCUUUGGAGCGAGGAGACACGUACUACUGCAUGUUGUUCAAUGAUGAAGUCCACACGUAUGAACAGGUCAUCUACACACUACAGAAGGCCGUCAACUGCAGCCAGAAAGAGGCCGUCAGCUUCGCCACCACCGUGGACCGAGACGGCAGGAAGUCGGUUCGAUACGGAGACUUUCAGUUCUGUGAGCAGGCCAAGAGUGUGAUCGUGAGGAACACCAGCCGGCAGUCGAAGCCUCUCCGGGUGGAGGUCAUGCACUCGUCCGUCGUUGCUCAUCAGUGUUUCGCUCUGAAGGCUCUCAGCUGGUUGGGUCAGGUCAUCCAGUACUCUGAUGGUCUGAGGAGGAUCCUGUGUCAGGUGGGCCUGCAGACCGGUCCUGAGGGAGAAAACUCCUCAUUGGUCGACCAGCUGAUGCUCAACGACUCCAAGAUGUGGAAAGGAGCGAGGAACAUCUACCACCAGCUGCUGAUGAACAGCCUCCUAAUGGACCUCAAGUACAAGAAGAUCUUUGCCAUCCAGUUUGCCAAGAACUACAGACGCCUCCAGACAGAUUUUCUGGAGGACGACCACGACCGAGGGGUGUCAGUGACCUCACUGUCUGUUCAGCUCUUCACCGUGCCGACCAUGGCCCGGAUGCUGAUGGUGGAGGAGAACCUGAUGACGACCAUCAUCAGAACGUUUGUGGAUCACCUCCGUCACAGAGACCUGCAGGGACGCUUCCAGUUUGACCGCUACACCGCCCAGCAGGCCUUCAAGUUUGGACGGGUCCAGAGCCUCAUCGGAGACCUCAAGUACGUCCUGAUCAGUCGGCCCUCUGAUUGGAGCGAUCAGCUCAGAGUCAAAUUUCUCGAAGGUCUCGAUGCUUUUCUGGAGCUGCUCAAGUGUAUGCAGGGUAUGGACCCGGUGGUGAGACAGGUGGGGCAGCACAUAGAGAUGGAGCCAGAGUGGGAGGCAGCAUUCACUCUGCAGAUGAAACUGACUCACAUCAUCUCCAUGAUGCAGGAGUGGUGCUCCACCGACGAGCGCGUGCUGAUCGACGCGUACAGGAAGUGUCUGAGCGCUCUCAGUCACUGUCAGAGCAGCCUCCCAGACGGCGAGCAGCCAAUCAGCUUGAGUCUGGCCGGUCACUGUGUGGAGACGUUCAGGUACCAGGUGUCUCAGGACAAAGUGUCCAUACACCUACCGGUCUGCAGACUGCUCGCAGGACUCCAUGUUCUCCUGAGCAGGACGGAGGUCGCCUCACGCUUCCCUGAACAGCUUCCUCUGGGUGAACUCAGUCCCCCACUCCUCAUUGAACUUCCUCUCCGCUGCUUGGUGCUCUGUGCCCAGGUGCAUGCUGGGAUGUGGAGGAGGAACGGCUUCUCUCUAAUCAACCAGAUUUAUUAUUAUCACAACGUCAAGUGCAGAGUGGAGAUGUUCGACAAAGACAUCAUCAUGCUGCAGGCGGGGGCAGCCAUGAUGGAUCCAAACCACUUCCUGAUGAUUGUUCUGAGUCGAUUUGAACUGUUUCACAUCUUCAGCUCUGCAGACUGCAGGAAGAGAUACAGAGAGGCCAACAAGGAUGUGGUCCAACAGAACAACACUCUGAUCGAGGAGAUGCUUCACCUCAUCAUCAUGGUUGUCGGUGAGCGGUACGUUUCAGGUGUUGGACAGGUGGAGCCCUUUGAUGAGGUCAGAAGAGAAAUCAUCCACCAACUGUCGAUCAGACCGAUGGCUCACAGCGAGCUGGUGAAGGCCCUGCCAGAGAACGGGAACAAGGAGACCGGUCUGGAGAGAGUCAUCGACAGUGUGGCUUCAUUUAAGAAGCCCGGUGUGACGGGUCGAGGUCUGUAUGAACUCCGUCCAGAAUGGAACAAAUACUUCAACCUGUACUUUCACCACUACAGCAGAGCGGACCAGUCCAAGGCUGAGGAGGCUCAGAGGAAGCUGAGGAGACAGAACGGAGAGGACACAGCCCUGCCCCCUCCUCUGCCUCCGCCCCUCUGUCCUCUCUUUGGUAGUCUGGUGAACCUCCUGCAGUGUGACGUGUUGCUGGCUAUAGAGGGCGCUGUGCUCCAGUGGGCUGUGGAGCCGAGUGGUGGAGGCUGGACCGAGUCCAUGCUGCAGAGGGUACUCCACCUGGUAGGCGUGGCUCUGCUGGAGGAGCAGCAGCAGUUGGAGAACAGCAACGGAGACGAUGAUGUCACCUUCAACUACACCUGCAAGAUCACACGUCCAGGUGAAGCUCCCAGUCCUUCAGGAAGUGUUCUUGCUCUGUUGGAGAGUCUGCAGAACGCUCCUCACCUGGAGGUCCACAAAGACAUGAUCACCUGGAUCCUCAAGAUGGUGGCGAAUAUCAAAACGAUAAGAGAACGAACAUCCUCCAUUUCCACAGUCACUGUCAGCCCGGGACAAGGACCAGAGGAGACGGUGCGAGACAAGGACAAGGCGGAGAGGAAGAGGAAGGCGGAGAUGGCUCGGCUCCGGAGGGAGAAGAUCCUCGCUCAGAUGUCCGAGAUGCAGAAACAUUUCAUCAACGAGAACAAAGAACUGUUCCAGCAGAGUCUGGAGGAGUUAGAGGCCUCCACGUCUGCUGCUACAGAGAACAGUCCUUCCAGUUCGGAGUCACCUGUUUCUCAGGUAUGCAUUGGCCCCAGGAGGGUGGGUGGAGCUGAUCGCCGUCAGCUGGUGACUUGCAUCCUGUGUCAGGAGGAGCAGGAGGUCAGAGGUCAUGGCAGAGCCAUGGUGCUGGCUGCAUUCGUCCAGAGGUCGACCGUUUUAUCUAAAAACCGCCGCCGCAACCUGCCUGACCCAGAGCAUCACGACCCUCUGUUUAUGCACCCGGACCUGUCCAUGGGGAUUCACACAGCCAGCUGUGGACACAUCAUGCAUGCCACCUGCUGGCAGAGAUACUUUGAGGCGGUCCAGUUGAAGGAGCAGAGACGUCAGCAGCGUCUUCGAGGUCACACAAGCUACAACGUGGAGAAUGGAGAGUUCCUGUGUCCUCUGUGCGAGUGCCUGAGCAACACUGUGAUCCCUCUGCUGCCACACACAAACUCACCUGACCUCAGUGCCGUUCAUCCCAGUCUGGAGAAGUGGCUUAAAACAACCAAUCAGCAGAUAGCAGCGCUCCACAUGAAGCAGUCUGAAGGUGUAGCGGAGGGGGCGGAGCCUAUCGUACCUGAAGGAUUCAGAGUCGACUUCAGUCCACCGAACCCGUUCUCCAGCAGCGUCAAUGAGAUGAUCACUACCUUCAGCAUGUCCACCUACAAGGUGGGCCUGAAGGUGAACCCCAAUGAGCAGGACCACAGAGUCCCAGUGCUGGUCUGGUCCACCUGUGCCUACACCAUCCAGAGUAUAGAGCGUCUCUUGAUGGACGAGGAGAAGCCGUUGUUUGGAAGUUUACCUUGUCGACAGGAUGACUGUCUGAGCGCACUCACCAGGUUCAGUUCAUCCUGUUGGACAGCAGCACCAGUGACGACAACGCACACACACUUCAUCAGACUGUUCACAGCCCUGAUUCCAGCACCGCAGGUAGAAACACUCCGUAUCCUCGACAUCGACUUUUUCCAAUUGGUUGUCUCUCUGCAGGUUUACAGUGUGUUGUCCUACAACUCAGUUCACAGUCUGGACCAAUCAGGACGAAGAGUGGUUGACUCAGCCCACCUUCAUCUGUUUCACCUGGUCACUGUGGCUCACCUGGUUCAGAUCCUGCUCACCUCCACCACAGAAGAGGUGUGUAUGGAUGAGGACAGUGUGGGAUCAGAGGAGGAGGAGCUCACGUGUCAGCUGUACAACACGCUGAGGGAAAUCCUGGGCAGUGUGUUACCUGAGGUCACCUCUGGUUGGCAGUUGGUUCGUUGUGUUAAAGUUGGCAUCCUGCCGUUCCUCCGAGCUGCCGCCAUCUUCUUCCACUACCUGAACUCUACAGCGCCUCCUGCUGACCUGCUGGUUACAGGUCCUGGUCAGUGGGAGGCGCUGUGCAGCUACCUCAGUCUGCCCUCCAACCUGCUGCAGCUCCACCAGAACCAACACACACUGCUGGAGCCACUCAUACACAGGUGGUGUUGUCAUCCAGGUGUGAGACAGGUGCUGCAGGGAGGCGGAGUCAUUGUCAGGUUCCCCAGAGAGUCGAACCGACUGAUCGAACUGCCAGAAGAUUACAGCGUCCUGAUCAACCAGGCGUCAAGUGUCACGUGUCCGCGGUCAGGAGGUGACAAGUCUCGAGCUCCCACUCUGUGCCUGGUCUGUGGCUCCAUGUUGUGUUCUCAGAGUUACUGCUGUCAGACGGAGGUGGACGGAGAGGACGUCGGAGCCUGCACCGCCCACACCUUCACCUGUGGAGCUGGCCUCGGCCUGUUCCUCAGGGUCAGAGAGAGUCAGGUGUUGUUUGUUGCAGGUAAAACAAAGGGCUGUUUCUAUCCCCCUCCGUACCUGGACGACUACGGCGAGACAGACCAGGGCCUCAAGCGUGGGAAUCCCCUCCACCUUUGUGCUGAGCGUUACCGGAAGAUUGAGCGUCUGUGGCGUCAGCACGGCGUCGCUGAGGUCAUCGGUCACGCUCAGGAGGCCAAUCAGACGCUGGUCGCCAUCGACUGGCAGCACCUGUGACGUUUGGCUCCGCCCACACUCACAAACACGGCUGAUGAUUGGCUCUUUGCCCCACCUCCCUUUUAAUACCACUUCCUCUCAACCAAUCAGUUUCCUGCAGCCCAGCGCUGAGCCAAUCAGCUUUCAGGGAUUUUUUCAGGACUUUUUGGUUUUUGUUUAGCCGAGGCUCCUGACCUUUGACCUCUGACCAAUCAGAGAGAGGCAAUAAACCUCCACCCUCUCUGUUCGCGCUCACGCAGACAGGAAGUUUUUUAGUUUUGAGGGUUUUUUUCUGACUGUGUGAACCAAAGCGAAGCCCCGCCCACCUGCUGCUGUCACUCACAGGAUGAUUGACAGGUUUUUUUAUCUCAUUUAUAAACAUCUGUUUUCUAUCGGCAUGAUGGGAAAAACGCCGCCCACAUUUCUGAUUUGUCCAGACUCCAAACAAACAGCCAAUCACAGAGCUUCACAUGAGCAGCUGAGGCUCAUGGGUAGAGAGGCAGAUUGCUGGCUCAUUAAUUCUAAUUUAAAACAAACCGAAGGCUUUUAUUGUGAAAUCUCUUCCUGUAGCCGUUUUACUUUUAUCUGAUUUUCUUUUUAAAGCGUUUCCAUGACAACAGAGUCCGGCACGUCUCCUGCAUAGAGCAUCAUAUGAUCGACAUAGCGAAGCACAUAUCAGAGGCUGUUCUGUUGUUUUAACAUUUUAUUUCAAGUGUGAUGUCACUUCCUGUAUUUCUUUUUUUAUGGCGUUGAGUUUGUGACGUGAGACGAACAGAAACGUAGUGAACAGACGGAAACUGAACUUUAUUUAUUUAUUUAUUAGUUUGUCGUAAAAAUACGAUUUUCUUCAAACACGUGAAAAAUGUUUACGUUAUUUGCUCGUUUGUUUUUCACGCGUUUGAAAAAAACUGAGACGUUCUCAGCAUGACGCCUCCUCACGCCGCCUCGUUUGUCACAGCUUGUUAAUGUGAAUUCUUGUAUAAAUGAGUGAAUGUACCAUAUUGUAUAAGAAUAACAAAACCAAUAAAAACUUUGAAACGA